UGCUCUAAAGCGCUGUCGCCAUGCUGACGGUGGCAGGCACGUUCUAGGGCGUUGCGAGUCGAUCCGGAGACAGCAUUGGAGGAGGGGCUGCCUCCCUCCCCCUCCAGCCAGGCCCGAUCCUCCUCUUUUUCCGCCACGUGGCUUCCCUGUCGGAGCAGCUGCGCGGCUCGGGAGCGCCCUCCUGCGGCCACGGCUGUAGGCCCAGGGCAGCGGCGGCGUGACCACCAUGGGGAAGGCGAGGCGGUCCCCUGCAGCCGCGACAACGCGUAAAGGCCCCCACUCCGGGGGAAAGAAGCCGCCGGAGCCUGCCGGGAGCCCUUCCGCCCGGGAUCGGCCCUCCAAGGGCAAGGGUUCGCAGCGGCAGGUGGCCUGCGACGCGGCGCCCCCGAGCCCGAAGGAGGAGCCCGGCGCUCUGGCCCUGGGAGCUCAGCAGGAGCGCUGGCUCCAAUUCCUGGAGCGCCAGCGGGUGAGCUGCGAGGAGGCGGCCAAGCUCUUGCUGGACACCUUCGAGUACCAGGGACUGGUGAAGCACACCGGGGGCUGUCACUGCGGAGCCGUCCGCUUCGAGGUCUGGGCCCCGGCCGACCUGCACGUCUUCGAUUGCAAUUGCACCAUCUGCGUUAAGAAGCAAAACCGGCAUUUCAUUGUGCCUGCCUCACGUUUCAAGCUGCUGGAGGGUGCCGACAACCUGACUGCCUACACCUUCAACACCCACUGUGCCCAGCACACCUUCUGCAAGACUUGUGGUGUCCAGAGCUUCUACACUCCCCGCUCCAAUCCGGAUGGCUACGGAAUAGCGCCACACUGCUUGGAUGAAGGCACAGUGCGGAGCAUCACCAUGGAGGCUAUCAAUGGCAAGGAGUGGGAAAAGGCCAUCAAGGCACAUCCCACAAUCAAGAGCUUGUCGAAACCAUAACCACGCCAAUAGCAGAAAUGUAGCUUGGCAAGAAAUCCCCGUUUCCACCAUUUAGAAAAUAAAGCUUGUAUUUUUGUAAAGUAA